GAGGUGAUUUUUGACAGCAGGGACCAGGCAAGAGCAACACAAAUUUCCUGCUUUCUUUUCCGAUAAGAAGACAAAUCAGAAAGCCUGGUUUCAAAACUAGAAGAUCCAUCUGCCGAGCCUUAGAAAACGCCGUGUCCGGAAUUUCCUGAAUGCACCAGUUUUAAGGGAUUUGGGAGUUUUCAGUCCUGGCUUAGUACGAAAUUCGCUGCGAAUUGUCCUGACACAUGAAUGAGAACUUUAUGGAAACCACUUUCAGUGGCAACAAAUCCCGUCUGCUAAGCUGAAGAUUACAAUGGCUUGUUGACUAAAUUAGUAGCACUUGAUUACGGUUGUCAAACCUUGGGAGCUGCUGUGACUCAGAAACUGCAGUGGCUGUAUCUUGAAGAUUAAGGAAAAAACACGGCACACAAUGGAUCUUGUUCAUGUGCCAGUGUUGGUUUCCAGCUUCCUUUUCUCAGAUGUAUUAAGUGCUACAGCAAAUGAAACAGACAGUAAUUCACAACCAGAUAAAAGUUCUUCCUUUCUCCCCAUAAUCCUUGUGGUACUCCUUCUAUUGAUCAUUCUCAUUCUGUCAGCUGUCUACUUUUUUAGGUUUAGAAACCAAAGGAAAGCGGUUGUCAGCACCGUUGACAAGAAGAUACCAAAUGGCAUUUUGGAAGAACAAGGGCAGGAAGACAGUGCUGCAGAUCUGAGCACACCAUGCCCACCAGAACAGACUGUCAUGCUCCUUACCAGCUCUCCAACCAUUUCAAAGAAAUACACUCCAAUUCCGGUGGACUGUCUGGAAGAGGAGACUAGGAUACGCUCAGCUGAUGAUGGCAAGCUUUUCCGUGAAGAGUUCAAUUCUUUGCCUACUGGUUAUAUACAAGGCACAUAUGAUGAAGCAAACAGAGAAGAAAAUAAAGAGAAAAACAGAUAUCCCAACAUCCUUCCAUAUGACCAUUCCAGAGUUGUCUUGUCACAGACUGAUGGAGUGCCAUGUUCAGACUACAUAAAUGCAUCAUAUAUUGAUGGUUACAAGGAAAAAAACAAAUUUAUAGCAGCACAAGGUCCCAAGCAAGAAACAGUAGCUGAUUUCUGGAAGAUGAUAUGGGAGCAGAAAUGUGUUACAAUUGUCAUGUUAACAAAUUUAAAGGAAAGGAAAGAGGAAAAAUGUCACCAGUACUGGCCAGAUCAAGGAUGCUGGACAUAUGGAAACACUCGAGUUGCUGUAGAAGAUUUUACAGUCCUUGUGGACUACACAAUUCGAAAGUUUUGUGUACAGUAUCAAGCAAGUGAUGGCACUAAAUCCUGUAGAUGUGUUACCCAACUACACUUCACCAGCUGGCCUGAUUUUGGUGUGCCUUUCACCCCCAUUGGAAUGCUGAAGUUUUUAAAGAAAGUGAAAAUGGUUAAUCCCUCAUUUUCAGGACCUAUUGUUGUUCACUGCAGUGCUGGUGUGGGAAGAACAGGGACAUUCAUUGUUAUUGAUGCCAUGAUUAACAUGAUGCAUACAGAACAGAAAAUAGAUGUCUUUGGCUUUAUUUCAAGGAUACGGGAUCAAAGGUCACAGCUUGUUCAGACCGAUAUGCAGUACUCCUUUAUCUACCAAGCUCUUUUGGAAUACUACCUCUAUGGGGACACGGAGCUAGAUGUAUCCUCUUUAGAAGGACACUUGCAGAAGCUUCACAGUACAUCAGCCCCUUUUGACAGAAUAGGACUGGAGGAAGAAUUCCGAAAGUUAACUAAUGUCCGAAUAAUGAAGGAAAAUAUGCGGACAGGAAACCUUCCAGCCAAUAUGAGGAAAAAUAGAGUGCUCCAGAUUAUCCCAUAUGACUUUAACAGGGUCAUUCUUUCAAUGAAAAGAGGUCAAGAAAACACAGAUUACAUCAACGCAUCUUUUGUGGAUGGCUACCGGCAGAAAGACUAUUUUAUUGCAACACAAGGUCCCUUAGCACAUACGGUGGAUGACUUCUGGAGAAUGGUUUGGGAAUGGAAGUCUCAUUCAAUUGUAAUGCUUACAGAACUCCAGGAGAGAGAACAGGACAAAUGCUUCAAGUACUGGCCAAGUGAAAGUUCUGUAAGUUAUGGAGAAUAUAGUGUAGAAAUCAAAGGUGAUAUCCUGUGUGAAACAUACAGUGUCAGAGACUUUAUUCUCACCUUCAUUCCAGAAAAACAAACUAGACUUGUCCGACAGUUCCAUUUUCAUGGUUGGCCUGAAAUUGGAAUUCCCACUGAAGGCAAAGGGAUGAUAGACAUCAUAGCAGCUGUACAGAAACAACAGCAACAAUCAGGAAAUCAUCCAAUUAUUGUGCACUGCAGUGCUGGUGCUGGAAGAACGGGUACUUUUGUUGCCCUUAGUAAUAUACUGGAGCGAGUAAAGGCAGAAGGUCUCUUAGAUGUUUUUCAAACUGUCAAAAGUCUGCGUAUGCAGAGGCCUCACAUGGUUCAAACAUUGGAACAAUACGAGUUUUGCUAUCGAGUAGUACAGGACUUUGUGGACAUUUUCUCAGAUUAUGCAAACUUUAAAUGAAAUGUCUCGCUUUUAACUACAACGUUGGAUUCCUUCAUUGUUUUAUUACUGUAUGAACUAAGGCUAAACUUUGCUAUGCACAAAAUCUUAAUUUGUAUGUAAAUUUGUUUAAAAAAUUGUCUUGUACUAUUUUUUCAGGAUGAUUGUAAGUACCAGAAAAAGAAAUAGUAGAUAAGAUUUAUUAUGUAAACUAACUUAACUGAUACCAUAAAAUCUGAUUGUAUUGCAUUACGUUUAAGAUAUCUGUAGAUAAGACUUUAUAGUAUCUGGUUAAUGUUGUACAUGCUUUUACUUUAAUAUAUAGCAAUUUUUCAGCAGCUGAGAUAAUUUGAAAUUUAAGAAGUGAAAAAACACUGGCUGUAUUAUUUGAAGCACUUAUGCAGAAUAUUUAUUUAUUGUUGUCUGUAAUCUGAUUUCUGUACAGAAUUACUUGUACAGUAUAUUGUAAAAAAAACAACUCUGAAAUGUAUAUAUAAGUACAUUAUUUAAGAUAAUUUUUUAAAUAAAUUAGUUAACUAGGACACCUUACAUGAAAACUGUCUAGAAAGUUAUAACUGAUAUCAUUUUUAUAUAUUUGUAUAUAUUUCCAUAAACAGGGAAUGAAAUGGUGUUUCUCUUACAGGUUUUAAUAAGAAAGAGAGUUCAUAUUAAAAAAUAGUAAAACAUAACAAAUAACAUUUAAUUUAAAAGGGCAGUACAUUAUACAAGUGGGUACAUAAACUCAAUUUGAAGUAAAAUUGGGCAUUUUGUCAUUAUUUGGUACUGUAAUAUAAUGAAACCCACGUCGGAUAACCGUUAGCACAUACGUUUGAAGCACACUACGUGAUGUACACUGCCGUGUAAUGAUACUUUUAUUCUUCUAAGUGAAGUUUGUAAUAUACAAAAGUAAAUAUCUGUUCAUUUGUAUAUAGUUUUUGUUAAAAUGCUAGAGCUGCAAAGUCAUAGUUCUGUGGGAGCAAACUGCAGAUAUAUAUUUUUACAACUGUGCAUUCUUAUACGUAUUUUUAACAUUUUUAUGUUGCAUGAAGCAGUGCCAUAUUAUGAUUAGAAAUACUUUUCUGAUCAGGUAGGUUAAAAUGGUCACUGAGUGACUGGAAUUAUUGUGAGCAGACGUACUGUAUUUGUAAUGAAAACUAAAAAUCAUGUUGAAAAUUUGAAAAGGAGACCGUUUGUGUAAUAUUCUUUGUGUUGCAAUACUGCUAAUCCAAUGCUGACUAAACAGAUGCAAUUACAUUUCCAAAUAAAUGAACUGAUAAAGUUCAGAGGUCUUAUUUCCAAAUGUAUUAUAGUUAUAUUCAGGUUUAACUUUUGGCAAUGUGUGUCAUGUAAGUUGGGCUUGGUCGUUACUAUGUUUCAUGUGUAACUUAAUCCAUUUGUAAUUUCUGUGUCAAUUAAUGCCUUGAAGAAUGUCUCUGUAUAUGCAGAAUGCAAUAUCAAAUACAGUCCAAGAACCCAA